CUACUCAUGGGUUUACAACUCUGUCUACUAUGGAUUAGUGAUUGUUGUUUUUUUUUUGUUUCUGGAGGCGUGUUGGUAUGUUUUGUGCUUCAGUCUGUUUUAAGAUCUCGCCUGUUAAGUCACUGUCCUAUUUUUGUUUUACCUGUUUUUCACCCUCGAGUAGUUUUUUUGUAACUUCUUUCCUUUCUUGUAAUCUCUCUGGUUCAUGGAUAUAUGAGCCUGAGAUUGUAAGGGGAUUUUGCCUGUCGAAGCAAGGAUCAUCCAUGUUUUACCCAAUAUUGAAUACUGAGUCUGUUCUCCUCCUGAAAUCCUCGUUUAUAAUACAAACACCUGUUUUUUCGAUGCUGUUUGUGAUUUGCUGCCAUCUUUAGGACUGCUAGAGAUUUAGAAGUGUUAGUUGAUUUUCUGUUCAAGGUUUUAGGUUUAGAGUUGUUAGUAGAUAGAAAUGGAAGCCAAAAUCGUCAAGGUAUUGGAUAGUAGUUUUAAAGAUGAACUUGGCAAAAAGAGAAAGCAUCCUGCGUACUAUACUUCAUAUGAUUCUGGAAGGUCAUGUGCAAAGCUGCAAUGUGUGCUCUCACCAAAUAGUUCAAGCGAAAAGCUUGAGAAAAAGAGAAAAUUGGAUGGUGGAAACAAAGUUAAUGUUUCUGAGAAUCACUCUGGGAUGUCUUUGGUCAGAUACUACUCUUAUUUCAAGAAGACGGGAGUGCCAAAGCGUGUAAUGUUCUAUGAUAACGAUGAAUGGGUUGAUUUGCCUGAGCAUAUUAUUUGUGCCAUUAGGAAUGAUCUUGAAGCAAAGAAGGCUGCAGUUGAGGUAAACUGGUGCGAUCGCCAUUUUGUUCUGGAUUUCUUACACAUGCAUCGACUAGACUUGGAAACGGGUGUCAAAACCCAGCUUGCAUGGAUUGACAUUGCUGGAAAAUGCUUUUUCCCCGAAGUUUAUGACAGUGUGGGAAAGGAAGAUCCGGAACAGCAUGAUCAAUGUGAGAUCAAGCUGCACCUUGAAAUUGAUGUCAAUGGUGGGAAAACACCGAGCCUGAACUUGAAGGGGUUCAGUGACGAAAUGGAUGAUAUUCAAGUUGUUCAGCAAUCUUCGAAUGGGCAAUACGGUGAGGCAUCAGAGGAUAGCUCCAGUCGUGAGCUUAAUGAUGAUGCUGCCGAGAAAUGGGACGAAACAGGAACUAUAUUCUCUAGUGUCAAGCCUGAUGAGAAAGAACUUGAGAUAGAUGCUGUGAAAGAAAUGUUUCUUUUAGGUACAGCCACUCUAGGACAUGUAGAGUUGCUUGAUGCGUAUCGGUUGUCAAGUGACAUCGCCAAAGGCCGUCAGUCUCUUUUCCAGAAACAAGCUGAUAUCACUAAGAACCAGCGAGGAGAUGCGAACAUUAGAUAUGCAUGGGUUCCUGCGAAGAAGGAAUUGUUAUCUGCAGUUAUGAAGCAUGGACUUGGAGUGGGUGGAGCAUUCAUUAGAAAGUCCAUGUAUGGUGUUGGGGUUCACUUAUCUGCUGCGAACUGCCCUUAUUUCAGUGCUACACAUUGUGAUGUUGAUGAAAAUGGUGUACGUUACAUGGUUUUGUGCCGUGUAAUAAUGGGGAGUAUGGAGCUUCUUCGUGGUGAUAAAGGGCAAUUCUUUACUAGUGGAGAAGAGUAUGAUAAUGGAGUUGAUAAUGUCUCGAGUCCAAAGCAUUAUAUUGUCUGGAACAUGAAUAUGAACACUCACAUUUACCCAGAAUUUGUAGUUAGCUUCAAGUUGUCUAUCCCCAAUGCUGAAGGGAACUCUGGGAUCACUUUGGAAGGACGCCAAGGCGCUCUCUCACAUCAGGGGCCUGGAAGGUUAUCAGAUAAAGGUUUAGUAAGAUCUAAAGGGAACGAAAACAACAGUGCUGGUUCUAGCAGUAGGAGGCCUGGUUCUCAUUGGAUGCCUUUCCCUCUACUGUUCAAUGCAAUCUCAAGCAAAAUUGCCCAGAAAGACAUGGAUUUGAUCUCUGCUGAUUACCAACAGCUUAGGGAGAAGAAGAUCUCAAGACAAGAAUUCUCGAAGAAGCUGCGGAUGAUUGUAGGAGACGAUGAUCUGCUGAGAACCACCAUAACAGCUCUUCAACGCUUGCCACACUCUGCCAUGAAAAUGAAACCGACCACACAGGUGGCUUGUGAAGAUGAUGAUGAAUGAUGACGACGAAAGAGCGAGGUUCUUCUCUUUUGUUUUUAUUGGUUGGGUCUAGAAAAAUGUGUCGACUUCUUUGUGCUGUCGUGAAACUUUAUAAUUAGAUUAGGACAAACGGCGGUUUUAGGAACGUAUUAGUAUUGUUUUAGUUACUACUCUUUAUGAAACUAAUCUCCAUUGUCGUCAUAUUUCUUCAAUUGAUCAACAGCUUUUUUAUUUUA